AUGAACAGCGUGUCGGCCGCGUCCAUCAUCUCCAUGUCAUCGUCAGCACUGUACACCACGUUCUUCCCCUUCCUGCACGCAGAGCCGAUCCUCCUCCCGUCCUGCCCACCAACCCGCGCUGUCUUCGUUUCUGCGACGCUCGUCGGCGCGCGCAUCCUCGCGCGCCGCCUCAACGUCCCGCUGCAGACCACUGAGCGCCCGACGCUCCGGAUUGUGCUCGGGAGGUGGCUCGGGUACACCGAGGCGAGGGGCCAGCCGUGCGAGCUGGACACAGACAAGCUCAAGGACGGCCUCAAGAACGUGGUCGACGUGGGGCUGACGGCGGAGGAGAUGAUCAAGGAUAGUGGGCUCGACGAGAAGACCUCCUAUGAGGUGUACUCGAGCUGGGUAGAGGUGUCCGAGGAUUCCCUGCGGGUCACCGAGUUCUGCGCGGCGUGUCUUCGCGCAGCGGACACGGCGUAG